GCUUGUAUAUAAGCCAAGUUGCAGGAACUUCUGAAGAAAUGCUGAGGAGCUGAUGCAUCGCUUGCAAGUAAUUUUGACGGAGAAAAGAUGCUACUAAUGUGGUUUUAAGAAUUCCAAGAUGGAUUCGGGGCAAGACGAAGGCGAAAAUGCUGAUGAUACUCAGAAUUCAGGGCAAGAAGUGGCAGUGGCGACCAUUUCUGAGGGGAAUGGAGGAGUUGUUGAGACCACAGGACUCCUUGGAUCAGCUCAUAUCUCCCCUGUGACAUCCUCUGUGGACAGACCACAGGAUACUCAGAAUUCAGGGCUAGGAGUGGCAGUUCCGUCCAUUUCUGAGGGGAAUGGAGGAGUUGUUGAGACCACAGGACUCCUUGGAUCAGCUCAUAUCUCCCCUGUGACAUCCUCUGUGGACAGACCACAUGAUACUCAGAAUUCAGGGCGAGGAGUGGCAGUGCAGUCUAUUUCUGAGAGGAAUGGAGGAGUUGUUGAGACCACAGGACUCCUUGGAUCAGCUCAUAUCUCCCCUGUGACAUCCUCUGUGGACAGACCACAGGAUACUCAGAAUUCAGGGCAAGGAGUGGAAGUGCCGCCCAUUUCUGAGGGGAAUGGAGGAGUUGUUGAGACCACAGGACUCCUUGGAUCAGCUCAUAUCUCCCCUGUGACAUCCUCUGUGGACAGACCACAGGCAGAGAAAGCUUUGGACCCCAAAGAGCAAGGACCAAGAUUACAUGGUGAUGCAAGGACUAGCGUACCUGCAGGUCAGCCUGCAAUCAGUGGACAUGAAGAAAAUCGUCCGACAGGCCCCUUGCCCAGUGGUGCUCCCUCAACUCAGAACAUCACAGAGGACUCCUAUUCAUCACCAGAAGACUCCAUGGCAACACAACCGGCCUGCCCUGGGAAAGGUAAUGAAGAUCAUUCUGACGAUGACAUGUUUAUGGAUGCUGUAGGUGGUCCUUUGGGAAAUGAAGAAGCCUCUUCCCCUUCAAAUAACAGAGAUGAAAACAAGUGCACACAAUCACAAAGUGACCCUGUCAACUUGAAGUUUGUUGCUGUUCUACGGGCAGGAAUAACUCUUGGGCCUCAGGACAAGUUGUCCAUGCUUGUCAGAGUAGCGCACCAGGUUGAACUCUUCAGACAUGUCAUGAAUAAACAGUGGGGGUAUAAGGACAUUGGCUUUGUGUUCAGUUGUUCAUUGCCAAUCAUGAAAGAGGACGCAUCACACUUUUCUUACAUCUACCAUCUUGAGGUGAAUGGUAAAGAGAUGGAUGAGGAUCUUGGAAAACCAAUGUGUUACCGGAACCUUUCCUACCGUAUUGAUGCCGCCAACAAAGAUGUAUACUUGUUUGAUGACGUUUGCAUGAAGAAUCAAAGUUGGUGGCGAUAUCCUAAGUCCACAAAAAUUGAUGUAGUCCGACACAACUUUCUCAAGGCAGUAAUGCUGCAUUUGAUGUACUGCCAGCAAACUUGCUUUUCUGAUCUGGAAAAUAUAAUGGCAUGUUUCAACCACUGUAUAAACAGAAGGGCGAUUUGGAGCACAGAUGAAGGACAGGAAGUCCUACCUCUAAAUCCGGAUAAAGCACUUCUUCAGAAGGUUCUUCAGGAGGCCAUUCAAGCCCAAAAUCAGAAGGCACCAAUUGGAAGCGUUUUGGUGGCAGCUGCCAUUGCCUUGACUCUUCAAAUUUAUCCUGACUGCAACUCAAUUCAACACAUUUUCCAAAUUUUGAAGCACAGUGACAGUCUUCAAGGAACUCUUGAUUUCAAAGCAAGCUCUUUCCUUGCCAAUGCUGUUCAACGGAUUAUGGACAUGCCAGCUGCGCGAGGGUCACAGGCUGUAUGGCUUUCAGCUUUAUUCCAUACAGUCGCUCCAUCAGACCACAAGCAGAAACCUAAUAUUCCCUUUAUCGGAAAUGCAAAGAGGUAA